AUGAUUUGCCAGUCUCAACUCAUAUUAUUCGUCUUAUGUUUCUUUCUUCAUCAAUAUUUGGUACAAGCAACUAUAUAUUCAUGCAAUAAGACAGCUCUAUGUGGUUGUUCAAAAAAGCCAGUUAAUAUUAAUGCCAGAAUUGUCGGUGGUGAAAUAGCUGCUAGUCAUAGUUGGGGUUGGGCUGUUUCAUUACGUAAAUCAUCCAAUCAACACUUUUGUGGUGGUUCAAUUCUCUCUCCAAAUUAUGUGCUUACAGCAGCACAUUGUGUCGAUAAUAUUAAUCUUUCAAGAGACAAAUUAACAGUUGUUGUUGGUAUAGACAAUUUGUAUGAUAAUAUUGGACAACGAAUAGUUGUGUCAAAGAUUUAUCUGCAUCCAAACUGGCAUUCAAAAAGAUUCGAAAAUGAUAUUGCUAUUCUUAAAUUAAAUAAACCAAUCUCUUUUAACGAUGAUAAUAUUGCUAAACUUUGUCUACCAUCUUUUCGUGGCACUGUAAAAAAUAAUUUUCCAUUAUCAAAUUCAAAACUUGUAGCUAUUGGUUGGGGACAUACAAUGUCAGGUGGUUCUUUAUCAACUAAUCUCAGACAAGUAACACUCGCAGCUGUUGGUAAUAAAGAACCAAAAUGUAGCAAUUCAAUUAAAAAUACAGAUAUACAAUUUUGUGCAGCUGUCAAUGGUGGAGGCAAAGAUACAUGUCAAGGUGAUUCAGGUGGUCCAUUGAUGUAUUAUUCAGAUAUUUACGAACAAUGGAUGUUAGCAGGUGUAACAUCUUUUGGUCAUGGAUGUGCAUUGGCUAAUUAUGCUGGUGUUUAUACUCGAGCUACUAUGUAUAUCGAUUGGAUUAAAUCGAUUGUUGGUAACGAUGGUGUAGUAAUUGCCGGAGGAAAUACUGCUAAUAUUAGUACUCUCUCAACUAUGGUUUCUAUUGCAACGCUUUUAUUUUUAUUUAUAAUGCGUUCUUUGUAA